AUGAGUUCAUCUAUUGCUACCAUAGCAGGCUCAUCGAAGCUACCUUCAAAACCAAUUCAACCAACUCAAUAUUGGACAUAUGAAAAUGCCUUGAGUUUGAUAAAAUUUUGUCAAGACCCAUAUUUAUCAGACGCAUUGAAUGAAUUUCUACUACUCAACAAAGAUGUGAUUUUAAGUCCCGAACCAUUUGAAAUAAAAAAUAAAUCAAUAACUAUCAAAACUGACACUAAAGAGAUUUCAAUUAGAGGGAUACUUUUUACAGAUUUGACUUCAAAAAUGAUUGAAAACGGGGAAUUGAUAAGUUCUAAAUUGAACCUUGAUGUAAAAGAAGUGAUAAGAGUUAUAAGCCAAACAUGUAAGAAAAUUCCACCAAAAUCAAAACACAAAUUGAAUAUUAAAAGCAAAUUGGAUGACGAAAGGCACCAUGAUUUUGAAAAUGAAAAUCUUAAUCUCUAUAUACUAAACGUAUUGAGAGAAAGAAGAAUUAUUCUUAAGAUUGCGUCAGAACUUGCAAGUAACAAAACAAAUCAAUAUGCAUCAUCAAUAAUCCGAAAUCUAGGGAAAGAAAUAUUUCUAUCUGGGAACUACCUUAACUCAUUGUUGAAUUCAAUUAAAAAUACCAGCGUGAGUAUGGUAAAUGGUUCAUACAUCACGGGGCUAUCUGAUAGAAUAGAUGAAACAAUAUUUAAAGAGUUAGCCUUGUUUUUUAUUGAAUCCUUGAAAUUAUUAAUAGAAUUAUCGAUGCAGAAUCCCUUGGUAACCAAAAAUAUGCUUAAAGAGUGGUUCGAAUUUUUGCAAGCAUCUAAAUUUGGAAUAGCUGUGGGGUCUCCGCUUUUACAUCAAGAGGCUUAUGACUUAAUACAAGCUUUGAUAACAAUCAUAACCGUGGAAUUAUUAGAUCUUGAAAACACAUCCAACUCUGAUGAUGAUGAUGGUCCAGACAAAUUUAUGAAUGACAUCGAGAUUUUCACUUUCAUCAAUAAAAUCUGCACAAGUGAUUAUAAUAAUAAUUCUGUAAUAACGUUUAGUUGGUCGAUAUUGCUUCUAAGGAAGUCAUAUUUUUUACUGGAGUACCCCGACUCUGAAAGUUCCAAAAAUUUUCAAACAAAAUUCGACAUUACAUCAAUCAAUGAAACAAUCAAUCAACUUAACAAAAAGAGCUUAAAUUUCGACGUUUUUGGUUUGUUGAAAAAAAUUAAUAACAUUUUAAAGUAUGAUCCAUUGUAUUCAGCUAUUUUAUCAACUGUUAUUACUUCAUCUGUUGCAUUAUUAGAACUCACUCCUGAAAUCACUAGUACCAUAUUGGAUGUAAUACGGAAUUGUCCAAACAAUAUUGUCGAAAACUUUUUCAGCAACGAAGCAACAAUCGAUACAUUUAUAAUUGCUAGAGCCAAAUUCCCAUUACUAUUAUCACCUUAUAUUAAACUUGCUUCCAUCAAUGGAAACUUUGCAUUACAUGAAUUUAAUGAUUUAAGAUCAUACAUUCAAAAUUACAAAAAAGAUUAUUUUGAUCAGCUUUAUCAUCUUGAUGAACAGGAUCCAGAAUUAAUUCAAAUCACAAGUGAAAUUAAUAUUUAUCCUCCAUUUGAAUCGAACAAAAAAUUGGCUAUGGCAUUAACAUCUGGAACAAAAGCCAAGUUGCUUCCAGCUGCAAACCUGGAUGAAGUAUUGGUCACUUUCCUUUAUCAAUAUAACGGCUGGGCCUUUCUUGGACGAGUGCUACAAAAUUUAUCAAAAAAUCUUAACAAUGUGGAUGUCUUAAGAGAAGAAAUUAUCGUUGACAUUUUAAAUUUAAUGAACAAUGUCGCUAAAGAUAAUGGUGAAGAAGAAAUUAAAUUAAUGUUAGAAUCUAUGUCUGCUUAUACAGAUGAAUCUGAUAUAAUGGAAAUUAUAUUUAGUUUCCUAGAACAAGCAUUACACUUAAGGAAUGUCACUAUACUGACUGCAACAAUCAAUAUAUUGACUACUUUAAUACCUAUUGUUUCAAAUAGAAUUUGGCCAUUUUUGACUAAAAGUGCAUUAUUUUCUAAAGAUGGAAAAGAAGGAUUAGCUGCACUUAUAUUCGGUUCUGUUGAAAUGGUCAAUGGUGAUUAUAAAUUUUCUGCUUCUUUGAUAAAUUUUGCUAAUGCUUUGGUAGAGGAAAGCAUAUCCAUCAAUUACAAUUAUCCAUUCAAUACUAAAAGUGAGAUUUUACACAAGAUAUCAAGUCACCUUAUAUUCUUAUUUGAGAAUAUCUUUUACAGCCGUUUUAAUCAUUUUCAUCAAAAAUUACAAAUGAGUGUAUCCCUUAUUGAUUUUUUUACCACAAUUUUAACUACCGUUUAUGGUGUCCAAAAUGGUCUAUCUUCGGAAAAUAAAGUUACAAGUGUUUUUAUUAAUUCAAGCAAGCAAAUAUUCGACUCGUUUACCGCUAGUACAAGAAAUUCAGCACGAGCAAUUUUACCUUUAUUAUAUGUUAUAGAAGCAGUGGCACAAAAUUUAAAUGCUAUGGAAUUAUCAGACAAUACUGGUAUUUGGACUUACAAAUAUAUUGAAAGCACAUUUUCAUUUUCAAAAUUGAUUAUUGAAUUGAGGAAUAAUAUGAAGGUAAAACCGCUGGCUUUAGAACAAGAGCUUUUUACGAAUUCACUACAAUUGGUUCAAAUAUUUGCAAAUAUUGAAUCGUAUGGAGCAUUUUCAUUAGACUUGUUAACUAGUCUUAUUGAUGCUGAUUGGUUAAAUGAAACCGCUCCAUCUUUAUUAUCAUACUUGGGAAAUGAUGGAGCAAAAAUACUACAAAAUUCAUUGGCCAAUGGAUUAGACAAUACUUUUGAUGACUACGACAUGAAAGUGUCUUUAUACAAUUUUAUAUGUGCUGUUAUGCGUAGUAGUCAAGAAGGUUUAAUAGUAUUAUUUAACACUGGAAAAGGUGCAUUCAACAUUGAGUCUAAAGAACCAAAAUUAUCAUUAAUUCAAAUUUUGAAAAAAAAUGUAAGAGAAAUCAAAUACUAUCCAAAUUCAGUUAGUAUUCAUUUAAUUGAUGCUAUAGCAUUAUCUUGUAAUUCAUGGACCACAGUAAAAGAAACUAAAUUUGAUGAGGAUUUUGUGGAAUUAUUACUUGAUAGAACGAAAUUACAAAUUAAAGAAUCUCCAAAAUCAAUAGAGGGAUAUAUUAGUAGAUGUUAUGAAGUAACCUUGGCUUCAAAAAUUGCAGAUAUUUUAGCUUUAUAUUUGUUCACAACGAAAAAUGAAAAAUGUAAGAAGAAGAUUAAUGAAUUUUUAAAUUCAAAAGAAUUUAUAGAAGUUGUGGAAAAUAAAUUUGAAAUUCAUAAUUAUCAUCCAUUUUUACAAAAUGAGUUGGAAUCUUCAUUUGAAGCUGCAUAUCCUACUUCAAAUUUAGCAGAUUUCGUUACUUCCUUGCAUGAAAGAGAUAAAGUCAGCAUAGAUGCAAUUUAUAAUUUAAAAUUAAUGGAUAAAUUAUUCAAAAGUUCAGAUAGUUGGGAUGAAAUCAAAGAAAGGAUAAUAGCAUCGAGUAUAAAUGAUCAAUAUCUAACAGCUCAAUUAAAUGGUGUACAUUCUUUUAAAGCGUUAUUGACAAGUUUCUGUACUCGUUUUGAAGGAAAAUUAAUUGAUGAAUAUUUAACAUUUACUAAUUUUUUAUUAAAUAUUGAUAUUGAAGAAAAUAUUCCAACUGAACGAUUUAGAUCAGUUUUUUUUGAAAGAAUAGAUUUAGGAUUUUAUUUAAUUUAUUCCAUUUAUACAAGAAAACCUGAAAGACACACAACUGAAGCUCUUGAGAUUUUAAAAAAUGCAAGCACUUUAUUGACUUCAGAUGGGUUGAAUUUUGCUUUCGAAUUAACAUCAUCAAAUGGAACUUAUAGGCCAUUGUUAAGAAUCAUAUAUUGUGCUUUAAAAAUGAUAGAAAACUCUACAGUUUUCGGACUUACAAGUUUAUUUGAAAAUUUGUUUAAUAUUAUAGUUACAAAGAGUAUUAAAGUUUUGUCGAUUGAAUUACAAAACGAGAUUUAUUUAUACAAAGUGAAUGGUUUUAAAGAGUUGUCAAAGAAAGUAAAUGAAAAAUAUGAUGAUUUACUUUUGGUUUUGUCAAUUCUUAAAGUUUUCAUGCAGAUUCAAACUAGUAAUCCAUUGUUGCUGAGUAAAAUAGCAUCAUCAAUCAAAAGUUUUAACUCAAUAAAGACAUUAAUAAAUAUGUACAUGUAUUCACAUCCAAUUGAAUUAAAUGAAGAAUUUGGAUUUGCUCAAUUAAGUUUAACAUUUUUAUCAGAGUUCAUGUCAAUUGAAUCAGUUGCUAAUGACAUCAUUAAUUCAGGAUUAUAUAUUACUUUAUUAGAAAGUCCAAUAUCAAAACCAAUAAGAAAUGGGGAAUUAUCAAUCACUGAUAACAACAAAUAUUAUAAACUUUGGAUCAAUGGAAUCUUACCAAUUAUCAUUACAAGUCUUUAUAAAUUGGGUGCAACAGUAGCACCUGAAAUUUGUGUAGCAUUACAAUUAUUUGGAAAACAAAUUUCAUUUUGUUUUAAUAGUUGGAGUAAUGAUUCAAAAAGUAUUCAAAUUUCAACUGCAUUAUUAAUUGAAACUAAUCAAUUGAUUGUAAUAUAUGAUAUAUUAAAAGCUAUGAAUAUUGAAGAAUAUUUAAAAACUCAACAACCUAAUGAAAUAUUGGAUAGUGAAGAUAUAGAUAUGAGAAUAUUACCAGGAAUUGAAUCUGAAUCAAAAAGAGACGAUUUUAUUGAUUGUAUUGAUAAUUUAUUAAAACAUCCAAAAUUUUUAACUUCACGUAUUAUUCCAAGUUCACAUGAAGAACAAAUUAUUAUUGAAAGAGGUGAUGAACAAUAUAAUAACUUUGUGAAAAGAGUAUUUGAAGAAAUAAGAGGUUUAAAAACUUUAUUAAAUGAAUGA